AUGUCAAAGUAAUAAGCUAAUUAAAAAGAAACCCCUUCUUAAGAUUCUAAAAUCAAAAGUUAAUCAUCUCCAGAAGAUUUUUACAAUAAAGAAGAUUUUGAGUAAGGAUAUGGUUUUAUAGGUAGACUUUUCCUAUUAAAUUUACUCUCUGUCGCUGUAAAGAUUAAAAAAGUUUUGAAUAAAGGACUAAACGUAAACUCUAUGCAUACUCCAAAGCUGAAAGAAAAUUAAUUGUCUUAGAAUAACUCCGAAAAAUUCAGACAAAACCUCGAUAAAAUCUUAUUAAAUGGAGAGUUAAAACCUUUGAAGGUAUGGAAAGCAUUACUAUCUGUGUUUAAAUAAAAAAUAUAUACAAUCUUUUUUUACUAAAUAUUUGACGUCAGUCUCAAGCUAUUUAAUUCUGUUUGUUUAAAUUUUUGUAUUUAAGGCUUACUUGAUAAAGAUAAUAAAACAGCUUACAUCUGGGGUGCUAUUAUGGUAAUUUCUAUGCUAUUUUCUAGUUUAUUUAGAUAAAAUGGGUGGGAGUUAGGUUUAAAUUUGAAUUCUGAAGUUAGGAGUGUAAUAAUUAACACAACUUAUAAUAAAGUUAGCUAAUUGAGUGCUAUUUCAAUCAAGUCUGCUAAUGUUGGAAAAAUCGUUAAUCUAAUUUCUGGUGACCUAAAUACCACUGAAGCUAAGUUCUUUUAUUUGUUUUAAAUGGCUAUCGCUCCAUAUACACUUGCAGUAGCUUGUGUUAUUCUUGCUUUUAGACUUGGUUUUUAUGGAUUACUCAGUAUAGUUUUUUUAAUAUUUAUCUUUCCAACUCAGAAGUUCUUCGGUAAAAGAGCUUCGAAGCAUACUGCUAAAAGAAUAUUAAAAACAGAUGAAAGAUUAAAAUUGACAAAAGAAAUUAUUGAAGGAAUUUAAAUAAUUAAGAUGUAUGGAUGGGAGAAGGCAAUCUAAAAUAUUAUUGAAAAAAUUAGAAAUGAAGAAGUCAGGGAGAUAUUCAAAGUUCAAACUCUAUAAUAUAUAGAAAAAGCUAUCUCUACUUCAUAUGUUUUAGUAGCAGCCACCUUAACAUUUAUAAUAAUAAAUUAUGAAGGUUCUGUUGAACUUAAUAGCGCUAAAAUUUUUUCAACUAUUGAAAUGCUUCAGUAUAUUAAAACAAAUAUAUUUUUGUUUUCAGGUAUAGGUUUUGGCUAUAUUUUUGAACUUCAAAUAUUCUUAAGAAGAUUUAUUGAUAUUUACAGUAUUAAAAAUAUUGUAACUCAAACUAAUCAAGGCAAAUAAUCUAAUGAUUUAAUUUAAAAUGGAAUUUUUGCUAGUUUUAAUAAUUUUAGUGCUUAUUUUAAAGAACCAAAAUAAGCCUAAGUUGAACCAAAAAAUUAAAUCACAACAAACGUUGUGACAGCUGAAUAAGUUUAAACAGAAAUAGAUGUUGCAGCAUUAAAAUAAUAGAAUGAAAAAGUAUUUCCUAUCCUUAAAGAUCUGACUUUUGAUAUUAAAUAAGGAGAAAUCUUAGGGAUAGUAGGAAAAACUGGAAGUGGAAAAAGUACACUUCUUUAUAGCUUCUUAAAGGAAAUUCCUUACUAUUUAGGCUAAUAUUAAUUCAGAGAGAAUGAUGCAAAUGGAGAAAAACUAAAAUUUGCAUACGUAGAAUAGGAACCUUAUAUUUUUUCAGCUACAAUUAGAGAAAAUAUUUUGUUUGGAAAAUCUUUUGAAGAGAAGUGGUAUCACACUGUGGUAUAAGCUUGCUGCUUAGAUCAUGACUUUUAAGUUAUUGAUAAAGGAGAUCAAACAUUAGUUGGAGAAAGAGGUGCUAAUUUAAGUGGUGGUUAGAAAGCUAGAAUAAGUUUAGCAAGAGCUUUAUAUAGCAAUGCAGAUGUCUAUUUGUUGGAUGAUCCUUUAAGUGCUGUUGACUCAAAAGUUUCAAAAUAAUUAAUAAAUAAAGCUAUAUGUGGAUUAAUGAAAGGUAAAACAGUUAUUUUGGUUACCCAUCAAAUUCAUUUUACUAAGAAUUGUGAUAGAAUUCUAAUUUUAGAAGAUGAUGGAUCUCUAAAAGUAAUUGGAAGCUUUGAAGAAGUGUUUGAAUAACUUAAAACAUUGGCAGCAAAAUAAAUAAAGUUUGAAAAUGAAGAAGAGAAGUCAAUCAAGAGUCUUGAAAAAACUUAAAUUAAAGAAAAAAAUGGAAGUUAGAAUAGUCUGAGUAGUGAGGAAGUAAAUUCAGAUUAAGAAAUAGAAAAGAAAUAAAAAAUAAAAAACAAAAUUGAAGAGAAAAAAGAUGAAAUUGUUAAUGUAAGCUUCAACACCUACACUAAAUUUUUGAAAAUUAUGAAUUCUUAAAUACUGGGAUUACCAAUUAUAAUUGUAAUACUUUUUAUAUUAGCAGAAUGCCUUUUCACAGCAUUUUAGAGAGGUCUUGGUUUGUAUGAUUCGACUUCUGAUGAUGAAAAGUCAAAAUUAUUUGGCUUUUUGAUCUUGUUUUCUUGCUCAUAUAUGAUUACUAAUGGAUUCAAAUAAGUUCUUUUUUCUUAUGGAAUCAUUAAAGAAAGCAAGUAUUUGCAUAAUUAAAUGCUCUACUCUAUGCUAAGAGCACCUUUGCUGUUUUUUGACAAGGUUUCUAGUGGAAUUCUAAUUAACAAAUUUUCUAAUGAUGUCAGCUUGCUUGAUAACUUUUUGCAUUUUACUUCAAAUGACUCCUUAGAUAUUUUAUGCAAUUUUUUUAAUUUGCUUAUUACAUGCUGUGUUUUUAAUUACUAUAUUUUGAUUCCUAGUGCAAUUGUCAUUUUUCUUUUGUAUAAAUUUUUGCUUUUCAAUAAGGACAUCAUCUUGAAAAUGAAAUAAUUGGAUCUAGCUAAUAAAUCUCCUGUCUUUGCUUACUUUUCUUCAACUUUACAUGGAAUUAUUCCUAUCAAAGUAUAUGGCUAGAAUUAAAAUUUCUUAAACAAUAUGACUGAUUUGUGCAACAAUAACUUAAGAGCUAAUUUGGCUUACUGGCUUUGUAGCAGAUUUUUUGGUGGAUUUAUAUAAAAUAUAGCUAUAAUAUGCACUGCUAUAGGUGUUUUUAUUAUUAUAUCUUUACCUUCUUCUGAUCCAACACUAUCAGCAUAAAGUCUCACUUACUUUAUGCUCAUGGCUGAUUCUGUUUAAUGGUGUCUGAGAUAAAUGUUGGCUACUGAUUCAGCUAUGUCUUCUGUUGAAAGAAUAUAAAAUUUAAUAGAUUAGCCCUCUGAAGCUCCAUUGGUUACAGAUCAUUUAAAAUAAUAAACAAAUUAGUUGGAAGUGAAAUGGCCCUAAAACGGCUAAAUUGAAUUUAAAAAUGUUAAGAUGAGAUAUAGAUAAGAACUAAAUCCUGUUCUAAAAGGUAUUAAUUUUAGCAUCAAGCACAGUGAAAAAGUUGGUUGCGUAGGUAGGACUGGAGCAGGAAAAUCUUCACUAAUUCAAGCUUUGUUUAGACUCACUGAACCUGAAGCGGGGUCAGAAAUGCAUAUAAAUGGCAUUGAAAUUCAAAAAUUAGGUUUACACACAUUAAGAUAAAGUAUUUCAAUUAUACCCCAAGUACCCUUCGUAUUUGGAGGAACAAUAAGAAGAAAUCUAGAUCCUUUAAGCUAGUACACUGAUGAAAAACUUUGGGAAGUUCUUAGAUUGGUAGAAUUAGAAUAAUUUGCUAAGCAAAAUUGUUAAGAUGGAUUAGAUACUGAUAUGGGUGCUUCUUCUUGUUCUUUUUCAGUUGGAUAAAAAUAAUUAAUAUGCUUAGCAAGAGCAUUGCUGAAAACCAAUAAGAUUCUAGUUUUGGAUGAAGCUACCUCUAAUGUUGAUAUGGAAACUGAUUAAUUCAUUUAAAAAACACUAAGAACAAAUUUUUCUGAUUAUACUAUUAUCACAAUAGCUCAUAGAUUAAAUUCAAUAGCAGACUAUGAUAAGGUCAUAGUCAUGGAUAAUGGAUUGGUAGCUGAAUAUGAUUCACCAUUCAAUCUACUAGCUAAUUCUACAGAAGAUACAUACAUAACAAAAAAUACAAUCUUUGCACAAAUGGUGAAACACACAGGAGAAAAAAAUUCAUAAAAUAUUUUCUAAACUGCUAAAAACAAAUAUAUAAAUUCUUAACUAAAUAAAUGA